AUGCAGAUCACUCAUUUCAUGGGUGCCACCUGGUCUCAAUUUUUUCCACCUCAUCCAACUCUGACAGAGACCAACCUCCCCAGUCAAAAGGGCAAGGUCUUCAUAGUCACCGGCGGUUACUCCGGCGUUGGUUAUGAGCUUGUCGCUAUCUUAUAUCAGGCUGGAGCAAAAGUGUACCUUGCGGGCCGCUCAGAAGAGAAAGCAAAUGCUGCCAUAGCCGAGAUCAAGGCUCAACCAACGAAGAAAGACCUGUCGGAAACCGGAGAAAUUGUUUUCCUGCAUCUGUCACUUGAUGACCUAACUACCAUCAAACCUGCCGUGGAAAAGUUCACCUCAGCUGAGUCAAGACUUGACGUUCUAUUCAACAACGCAGGUGUCUCUAACCCACCCACGGGCUCUGUAUCUGCGCAGGGUCAUGAACUGCAACUGGCCACCAACGUCUUGGGACCGCAUCUGCUCACUCAAUUGUUACUACCAACACUCCGAAACACUGCUAAAUCGCUUCCUCCAGGUAGCGUACGCGUUAUCUGGACAAGCUCCAUCGCGGACCAGCUGCAAGCACCCAAAAAUGGAAUUGAGCUAUCAGAGCUCGAAAGACCACAUUCGGACCCGCAACACAACUAUACCCUUUCUAAGCUCGGGAACUGGUAUCUAGCUCAUGGGCUCGCUAAGCAAGCAGGUAGCGAUGGUAUCUUGACGGUCACGCAAAACCCUGGAAACUUGAAGAGCAAUCUGACUCGCCAUCUUCCGUCUUAUGUGGCCAUACUUGCCGGUCCACUGCUGCACCACGCUAGGAAAGGAGCCUACACUGAGCUCUGGGCUGGACUGUCACCUGACCUGAAGAUAGAGGAUAAUGGCAAAUAUGUUGUCCCAUGGGGGCGCCUUCAUCCAAAUCCCAGGCAGGAUCUUCUUGCUACGAUGAAGAGCAAGGAUGAAGGAGGCAAUGGAGUCGCUGCAAUCUUUCUUGAAUUUGCAGAUAAGCAAAUUGCAGAUUUCAAAUAG